GCUCCUCCCCGUGCUAGCUCGUCGGUUAGCAUGCUAACUGCCAUGGCAGUGGGGCAGCCGAAGAUCACAAGAAAGAGGAUGAUACAGCAAACCUCGAACUGGAACGAUUACGGCACGGACUUAAUAAUUUAAAAAUAAUAAUAAUAAUAAGACACUCGAAGAGGAUUAACGGCGGAACGCGGAUUGUAGCGUAUAGCUACGUAGGAUGAAUUGUUCCAUUUUUUAAAACUAAAUAAUCAAACAAAUAUGCACUGCUGUUCAACGUCUGACCCAGAGUGAUGGAGGCGAUGUCGUAUGACAAUGUUUGUGUUGAAUUAUCUUACUAGCCAGCUACUACCGGCGUUCUGUGAUGACAGAUGUCAUUCUCAAAUCUAAAUUAAUGUUCAUGUAUAUAUUUACAUAGAAAUGUGUGUUGUAGAUACGUACUGAGUUAUACUGAAUUAUACACGCAGAUUUGUCUGUUUCAGACUUGUCAGUUAGCCAGCAAGCUAGCAGCCGCUAGCCAAGUACUGGCUACUUUAGCUUGUGGCUAGCUUGUUGGCACAUAAACGCUAAGAUAGCUAGCUAACUAUAGCUACCCGGCUAGCUGUUUGACGUACCCAGGAGUAUUUUUCCAUUAAUGACCAUCUUGGUUGUGAUGUAGCUGGUGGUUGCCGUGUGGUUUUACACUGGCCGGCACGCAGUUUUGUUCUGUGCAUCUUUAAAUGGGCACUGUGCGGUUCGUUAGCUACUGCUAACGACGUCAUUCCAUACGCACUAGUUCGUAUGCUAGCUAGGCUAGCUAGCUAACGCUUCAAUCUCGACAGAGGAGAGCCAGAUUUUGCUUUUGGCUGGACAGUGAAGGCUACAUCAAAUUUUACGAAAUGCAUCACUCAGAAUCAACUGGGGAUUCUCCCGGAACUAGGAAGGUGGCCCACACAUCUGUUUUUGCCAGCCGUAGGGGGAGUAACACGGGAAGUGGCGGUAUGUUAGCUCCGUCAAACGCGGCCAACAUUAACUGUAAUGCUAUCCCGACCGACGAUCACCAGUCCUCGCUGAUAAUGCACCAUACACCACCGACUGGAUCGUCCUCGCCAGGCCUUCUCCAUCCUCCUCAUAGCCUUAAUGUGCACACACAGCCUCAAUCUCUCCAAAGCGCCGGGGCCCAGGUGAAAAAGAAGAGUGGCUUUCAGAUUACCAGCGUCCUGCCGGCACAGGUUAGUGCUAGCGCUAACAACAGUAUAGCGGAUGAUACAGAGAGCUAUGAUGACAUGGAUGAGUCGCAUACAGAGGACCUGUCCUCAUCUGACAUUCUUGACGUGUCUGUGUCACGGGCUACUGACACUGGGAUUCCUGAGAGAAGCUCUUCAGAAGAAACUCUGAAUAGCUUACAUGGAGGAGAGACUCCAGGGGUUACAUCACCCAACGAACCCGUGAUGCAUCACUCGCAGUCCACUCAACAAGGGUAUAUGGUGAACGGCACUGUCCAUCACCAUGGGCACCAUCACCAUAGCCAUCAGUCUCAUGGACACCACAAAGACCAAGGGAUGCCCCCAGUGGCUGCGCAGCCAGUUCAGGGGGUGGCUGCAGCCCCCGCAUCAGUAACCAGUGCUGCUCCAGCCACAGCUGUGCAAGUCCAGUCUGCUGCGACAGUGCCGGGUAGAACCCAGAGAGCCCCCUCACUCCGAGGUGCUUUGGAGGUUGGUGCACCCGGAAUAUUGAAUCAGCCCUUAUCCACAGUGUCAAGCUCUGCAAGUGGUGCCGGUGGAGCUGGAAUGGCAGGAUGUGUGGUGGGCACUUCUGCUGUUGGAGCGGGUCUUCCUGCUACGGCAGGGCCUACAGGAGCUGCCAUGGCUGGAUUUCCAGUUGCACCUAUGCAGCCACCUCCGACAUCCAGCAGUGCUCAGUCUCAGACUUCUGCUGCUUCCACGGCAACAGCAUCACGUUUCAGAGUGGUGAAGCUGGACUCCAGCUCGGAGCCAUUCAAGAAGGGCCGGUGGAUGUGCACAGAGUAUUAUGAGAAAGAGGGUCUUGCUGCAGCUCCGUCCACAGACACGACUGCCCCCCAUCGAGCGGUGGAGAGCGUCAUCCAGUCUGAGAGCGAAAGCACGAGUGGAAGUUCAUCUGGUAGCAUGAUGAGUGGGGAUCAGCAGGGCUUUGCUCCGAUUUCUGCACCUGGUCCUCACCCUGGUCUUCCCCAGACAAUUGCUCAACUUCAUGCACUUCCCCAGGAUCCCGGAACACAUGCUGUCGCCCCACCUGCCGUUGCCCCUAGCAACCCGCAAGUUGUUUCAGUCCCAGGUCUGCUAGGAACUGAGGGUCAGCCACCCACCGUGAGAGCUCAGCAGCAGGUCCCCUACACUUUAGAGGGCCAAGCAGGCCAGGUGCAGAGCAGCUACACUAUUAACCAGCAGCCAGCUGUGUCUGUGAACCAGGGCUUGCCGCCUGUUGAUUAUGCCCCGAUUUCACAGGGAAUGCAAGCCACAGCACAGACUCAUCAGAUGCCACCACCGUUGCAAGGCAGUGUGGCAUCCAGGGCGACUCCAAUGCCCACACAGAUACCAAGCCUUCCGGUUGGGACCCCAGUGGCUGUCCCACAGGCCGUGUCUCCAAGGCCCCAAGUUUCGGCUCCCCAGAUGGUUUUGACCCAAGGAAACACCCUCAGCCAAGCCCAGCAACAUCCGCCACAGAAGCCUGCAGAGCAGCAGCAACAGCCGCCACCUAUCAGUCAGCCGCCGCCGACCUCGACCACAGGCCAGACCGCGGCCCCUAUACUGUCCUCUACUCUCCAGAACAGCCUUCAGCCAGGUCUUCCUCAUACCCUCAAGCAGGGCAGUUCUGUUGCCGUUCACUCUGCCGGGCUGGGUCUGGCCCUGCGUCACCAGGGAGCUCCGUCCCAGCCUCUCCAAGCUGGAGGCUCUUAUGGUGGGAUGGCACCUCUGACUGCCUCCCAGCUCGAGGAUGCUGGGCGCCUGCUGUUCCAGCACCAGUCUCUGCUCUCUCUCCCUCGGCUGGGUGCAGGAGGAGUGGCAGGACUCAUUGGACAUAGUGCCUCGGAAGCUGGCACCACCCUUGGGCAGGAAGGCGGUGCCAGUGGAGAUGCUGGGGUCUUAGCUACAUCUGCUGGCACAGAUGAGGACAGCUCUUCGGGUGCCAGUGUGGUGGCCAUAGACAACAAAAUCGAGCAAGCGAUGGAUCUAGUGAAGAGUCACCUGAUGUAUGCGGUCCGCGAGGAAGUGGAAGUGUUGAAGGAGCAGAUUAAAGAGCUGAUUGAGCGGAACUCCCAGCUGGAGCAGGAGAACAGUCUGCUGAAGAACCUGGCCAGCCCUGAACAGCUUGCUCAGUUCCAGGCCCAGGUGCAGACAAGCUCCCCCACCACUGGCACCCAGCCAGGCACCCUGGGAGCAUCGCCAGCACCUCUGCAGAGCCUACCCCCAAAUCAGUGCACGGGCCCCCCCAUGUAACUACCUCCACCUGGAGAAACGGAGGGCUGCUGAGGCUGAGCUAAACUGACCGCCACAGAAUAUGAUAGAGCCUACACGGAACCUAAAUAAUACUGUGAACACACAAACACAAGAAUGGUAAGCAUACCACAAUUGCAGGUGGACAUCGCACAGAAUAUGGACUAUGG